AUAAAAACAAUCCCUUUCAAAACAACUCCAUCACACCUUAUCAAUUAAUACAAUUUGAAAAUGUGAUAAAAAAAAUCUAAUAAAGUUGAAACAACCCUACCAAACUUAAUAAUCCCUAUUAUCAACUACCUUUAAUAAAAAAGAAAUAUUGGUAAGAAAAAGAUAUCCACCAAUGCAACAAAACCAUACAUUUAAUAGUCACAUUUAGUCGUGACUUAUCUUAUGGUCUCAUCAUGGAACACGCAACUCCGACUACACAUCCGCCACCGUUACCCCUCUCAUCUCCGCCUUUAACCGCCGCACAAAUUGCCAUCCUAACAGAAUCGCCACCGCCUUUUCCAGGCCCUUCUCGCUCCGUUGACCUCUCUCCUCUCCAAUUCCUACUCAGCCUUUUUGCUAUCAUUACCAUGCCUGCUUUGAUCUACACCUUCCUCUCAGCCUUUUGUUUCCCGUUUUACUGCCGGCGACAGGAGGAAAACUCCGGCGAUGACACUAUUAACGGCGACGCUGCUUCCAUCUCUGAUUUCAGGUACCGGAUGGAACCUCAUGUGAAGGAAAUUGGCGACGAGUGUCCCGUUUGCCUGUCGGCGUUCACCGACGAUGAAAAACUCCGGAAGUUGAGUUGUUGUAAGCAUUGUUUUCAUGCUGAUUGUAUUAAUUUGUGGCUCAGAAAUCACUCUAGCUGUCCGAUUUGCCGUGCCUUGGUUUCCGGUAAACGCCGGAGUUCAUCGGCGGCUCCGGCAAGAGAUCACGAUCUGAUCCAGGGUCUUCCGGAUGCUUCCGCUUUAGUAUGAAUUGUGUAGCCUCUUAAUUUUUUAUUAUCUAUGUAUUUUUUAAUUUUAGAAAGAAAAUUAUUAAGUGUAAACACGUACAGUCAAAUGAUAUCAUGAAAGAGAAAAUAGAGUCUGGUGUGAUAAAAAUGACAUCUUAGUGAUUCGAAAGAAAAAGACAGAGAAAGAGAAAAUGAGAUAUUGAAUAUACGCUUGAAAAUUUAAAAGUGUCUAA